AUGCGUAUGGUCGACAAGCUGAUCAUCCCCCGCUGGAUCGGCGCGGACAAGCAGCGGCGAGUGGAGCUGCACGCCUUCGCCGACGCGACCCGCCGCGCAAUGGCAACCGCACUGUACUGCAGGACCACCGACCCCCGCAGCAAAACCACGUCGGUCAGCCUGCUGUGGGCGAAGAGCAAACUCUCACCGGUCCGAAGCCUGGUCCCCGCCGAGAAAUCUCCCACCAGGAUGACCAUACCUCGCCUCGAGCUGAGAGCCGCCCUACUGGCCGCCAAGCUGCUCCGCUACGUCGCCACGAGCCUGAACGUCCCCCUGUCGAACUGCUACAUGUGGGGAGACUCGCAAGUAGUCCUGCAUUGGCUGAGAUCGGACAGCCCGACGGGAAACAACUUCGUCGACGACUACAUUGCCCACAUCCAGGAGCUCGCACCAACGAUCAGCUGGCGCUACGUCCCAACGGGCGAGAACCCCGCCGACAUCGCUACCAGGGGCACCGACGUCUAA